UCGUGCUCACGAUUUGCUAUUCGUGCUCACGUUUUCUUUAAAUCGUGCUCACGUUUUGCUAUUCGUGCUCACGUUUUCUCUAAAUCGUGCUCACGUUUUGCUAUUCGUGCUCACGUUUUAUUUAAAUCGUGCUCACGAUUUACUUUAAUUCGAGUGAACGAUUUUUCAGUUCGUGCUCACGAUUUGAAAGCAUGCAAAAAUAAAAAAGUUCCCCCAGCCUUUUUUUUCCAGUUCAUUCGCAACACAGGCGUUGUUCUCUCCAGACCGGGCAACAUACAAUGAUGAAAGUAAGUUAAAGACGUUUAUUUUAUCAAAUGCUUUGAAGCACGCCUGCUCAUAUUUUAUGUUUAUGCUGUGCUGAGUGUUUUGUGACCAACUGGCGUCCGCUCGUGGUUUGAGAAGGUUCAAGCUCGAGCCGAGCCGAGCCCCACAUCAGGUAGCGUUUGCUAGAAACUUGUGGCUAGCCAGAAGCCAAAUGCUUCCAAUUGUGAAUUUCAUUAGCUAGCUAGCGAAUAUAUAAUUCCUAUUUGUCCACAAAGACGGUUAGCGUUCAAGUUAACCCUAAUUUCAAGGUAAGUUCUGUAUUUUGACGCUUAACUAUCCACUUUUGCUAACUGGUUUAGAUGGUCUAUGUAGUUAAAAAGCUGGCCAGCCAGGUAAAAACAUACCCUAUACUGGCAAGCUAGCUGGUUACCCAUUUCAUCAGCAUGUUUUAUUUAAAUUUGAUAAUACUUGACCAUGCCGGGCAUAAAUCUUACAGUAUUAACUUUCUUUAUUCGAUUAAAUGUCAUAUUUUGGGUUAAUUAUUUUCAUAUAUCUGAAAUACAGAAUAGAAAAUAUUCAUGUUUUAUAUUGUUUUAAUAAACAAGUUUUCACCCCUAUUAAUUGCAAAUGUUUUGGGACGCAGGCUUUUAUUUCAAAGAAGGACACAAGGAGCCUGAGGCAGGAAAGCAACAAUGUGAAGUUUAGUAAUUUAGCAUUCCAUUUUAUUGGUAGAAAAUGCUAACAGCUAAUGACAACACAGCUAAAAACUAUUACUGGCAGUACUAGGACAGGUAUACAAAGACCUUCAAAACUACACUGCCAUCUAUGUGAGACAGUGUAGACAACAGCAUAUCAAGUCAGCAUUUCUUGCUGACUUCUAACCAGCUUUUUUUCUUUUUUUACCAACGUUUUUCUUCCAGAUAUUCACAAACAUAUAAAACUGCACUUCUCUUAAAUUAUUUGUAAAAUACUGUUUGUUGAACAAUCUGUUUUUUGCUGACACCUAAAAAAAAGUAUGGCAAUACCAGCUUUCUUUAAAAAAAUUACAAAAUGUGCAGAAAAGUGUGCUUCCUGUAAUCUUUCAAUGAAUGUUGUGUGCAAACAGUUACUGAAACCAUAUCAGUAUCAGUAAACAAUGGUAAUGUAUUGGAUAUUUUAUUUUGGCAGUAACAGUCUACUUGUGUUUAUAGAAUGGAUGAAGAACUGAAGAGCUUCUUAAGAAAAAGAAACAUUGAAGAGGAAUGCAUACAACAACUUGAGAAAGAAAAGAUCGAUACGUCUGUAAUCCCUUUGAUGGCUGACAAAGACCUUGCAAAAUACUUUCCAAAAGCUGGAGACAGAGUGUCUGUUGUUGCAUUCUGUCGACAAACAGACACGUCAGUUGACCCCAAACUCAGAAAGGAGUCUAUUUUAGCACGGUUGCGACGUAGACUGUCCCCAAGAGAUGAAGACACUGGCACUCCAUCCAGCAAAAAAAGAAAUCUCUGGACGGGUAAUAAAAGUGCACAAAAGCAGCAAAGACGAAUAGAAGUUGGAUGGAUGGAUUUUGAUGCAAAAGAUCAAAGAUACAAGCAAGUAAAAUCAAUAAAUGGUGGUGGGACAAGACAGCUCACAGUAGACAAAGGGACAACUGUGGAAGAAAUUAGAGAACAUGCUGAGAGUUUGUUUUUCCCGAAUGGGGUGUCCAAGAAGAAAAAGCUGGCUUCCUUCAUCACAGAAAUACAAUCAUCUCAAAUUGAGGUCAACAGCUCAGAUACUGUCAUUCAGUUAUAUGAGAAAAGUGGAGUAAGGCUGCUGAGACUGUAUCUCUGUACAAAAGUAAGGAGAGAUACACCCACUGAAGACCCAGAAGACCAACAUUCCCAGCCAACCGUUGACCUUACAGGCAGUGAAGAUGAACAACAAAUUGGUGAUGGAUGUGAGGAAGAUCUUGAUCUGGAAGUAAUUUUUGGAGCAGGCGAGAAUGAUGGUGUAUCAUUAGAUGACACCAUACCAUGUGAAACUCCAGUUGAGCCUCCUACAGUCCCAGAACUCCAGAUAAUCCUGUCACAGACGUCAGAGGGUCCUGUUCCUGUAAUACAAGGCCAUGAAAUAAACCAACCACAGAUGCCAAUGGCCACUGUUCCUGUUAUACUAGAACUUGAAGUCUUCCAGUCACAGAUGCCAGUGGACCCUGUUCCUAUAAUGCCAGAACUUGAAGUGAACCAGCCAGGUGACCAUGUUCCUGCAAUGUCAGAAGUCACAAUGAUUCAGGAGCCACAACUGCAAGCUGCUUUGGACACUACAGUGCUGCAUCCUGUUCAUGUUCUUGGAACUCCAGAACUUACAAUGACUGAGCUGCUACAUACGCCAGAACAACUGGUACCUGAUUAUCCUGAACCUGCAGCUGAAACCCUAAUCAUUCGUCGAGGACAUUGUCUCCUUGACCUGAUUAAUGCUUUCAAAAAUCCAGCCAUUCUACACUCCAAGGUCUCCAUUAAGAUGCGUCUUCCAAAUGGAAAACUUGAAGAAGGGGAAGGAAGUGGUGUUUUAAGGGAUUGCUUAACAGAAUUUUGGACAGAAUUUUAUGAGAGAUGCACUUUGGGCAUGGAUGUGAAAGUUCCCCUUAUUAGGCAUGACUAUCAGUGUGACGAGUGGCAGGCAAUUGGCAGAAUUUUUGUAGUAGGAUGGUUUCAAGCACGCUACUUCCCUGUACAACUGGCCGCUCCAUUCCUAGAAGUAGUUCUGUAUGGCACAAGUGCAAGUAGCCUAAAGGAUGCAUUUUUGCAGUAUGUCUCUGCACAAGAAAGAGAGAUCCUUCUCAAUGCUUUAAAAGACUUUGAGUCUGUCGAAAAUGAUGCUUUGUUAGAUGCCCUUGAGGCCCAUGAGUGUCACCAGGUUCCUACCAAAGAAAAUUUGGUCCCACUGCUAUCACAAAUGGGACACAAGGCCCUUAUACAGGCACCAAUGUACAUUAUUGAGUGUUGGCGUCCAAUUGUAGAAGAGCUAGCAAAUGAUGUUCCACCAGAUGCUCUGGACGGUAUCCUAAAGAAGAAAAUUCCAACAGGAAAGGCAGUGAAGGAUCUCCUUUUCUUCCCAGAAGAAAUGAAUGCAUCCCAAUCAUUAGUAGCCCGAUAUCUAAAGAGAUACAUAAGUGAACUUGAUUUGCAUACACUUCAACUAUUCCUCCGUUUUUGUACUGGUUCCAAUUUGAUUGAUGGGCCGAUUACUGUGGAGUUUAUUGAGACAUCCGACUUCCAAAGAAGACCACAGUCGCACACAUGUGCCAAGAUAUUAAAGUUGCCAAUAGGAUACCAAAAUUAUCCUGACCUUCGCAGUGAUUUUAAUAGCAUACUCUCAAGCUCUGUGUGGGUUAUGGACAUUGUUUAGAUCAGGUUCCAUGUAGAUACACAACACCACCAAUAAAAUGUGUAGGGCAGAGGGUUUCCCAGGACCAGGAUUAAUCACAAAGUGCCGGGUUACAGAUUCCCACAAAUGGUCCUAGAAAUUGUACCCAUAUGGUUUACCAUAUUGAAUCACUCUGUAGCCUUGCGAUUUGUAAAUAAUCCCCUCUGCCCUGCAUAUUUUAUUGGUGUCCCUACUCACUUAUUGGUUGUGUUAAUGGAAUUGGAUGCAGCUUUGGAGGAGGAGGUAAAAAAAAAUGUUUGCAGAGCAGGUGGAGUUCAUGACCACUGCUCUAGUGUACAAAUUCUCAACCCUGGUCUUGCAAGACCCUCUACCCUCCACAUUCCUCUAAUUAUUACAUGAACCAAUUGUAAAAGAUUAAAAUCCAUCUAUAAAACCUAUAAAAUGGCUGGGGACCAUAGGUACGAAGUAAGAGUUUCUAAUACACUGAUCACAGAGUAUGUAAAAUCUUUAGGAAAUUGACUGCUUUCUUAGUUCCUCACAAUGACACAAUUCAAUUAAACAGGUUUUGUAAUUAAAAUGUUGUUCAAAGUAAAUGUGGUUAAAAUCUACAUUGUUGGUAUUAAGGCAUGCUUUAUCCAUGCAAAGUAUUGAUAGGUGGCAAAGCCACACCAGAAUAAUCUCAGGUUUUAUUUUUUAUUUUUUUUUUUAUGUUUAUGCAUACUGUUUAUGCAAAGAUAUUUUAUGUGGCUGUUUUAUGCCUAAUGUGUAUUCUUUGUAAAGGGACACUAUGUAGGAUUUUCUUGAUUAUUCAUAAUUUUUGAGAUGGAUAAUAUUCUGCGUAUUACACCUCAAUGGAGCAGAGCAGAGAUUUAGAAGUUGUAAAUUUACUUCUUAAAAGAAAUAUAUGAAUAAUCAAGAAAAUCCUUCAUAGUGUCCCUUUUAAGAUGAAGUUCAUAUUGUAUCAGUACAUUUUGAUUUUAGUUUAUAGUGAAAGCUGAUGUAUUGUUGAAAAGUAAGAAUACACUGAGAAUAAAGAUUUUAUAAAAUUACAGUCGAAUGGUAUACCUUUUUAUUUAGACAUUUUUGUCUCUGCAGUGUUGCACAUCCAGAGAUUCAUACUAAGUCUGUUUUCUCUAAGAACAUUUAAAUUGUUGUACCUUGUUGUGUUCAGUGAAACAUUGUUCAUUGCAUUGUUCAUUGCAUCUGUAUUGUACCUUUGUAUGUCAACUGACAUCAUUUGUCUCAAAUAAAAAUUGUUACAAAAUGUUAACAAAAAACAUUGA